AUGUCUAAGAAGACUAACAGAGGUACGCAGCUACACAAGUACUACAUGAAGCGAAGAACAUUACUGCUCUCGUUGCUGGCUACUGAGAUUGAACGCUUAAUUACAUGGUACAAUCCGCUGUCUUCCCCUGAGCUAGAGUUGGAUCAAACUGGAGAGAGCAGUGUAGCAAACUGGAGGUCUAAGUAUAUCAGUCUUAGUGAGAAGCAAUGGAAGGAUAAUGUAAAUCUGGCUUGGAGCAUUUCACCUCAUCUUGCUGUACAGCUGCCUACCAGAUUUAAGAACACUGAAGCUAUUGGAACAGAAGUGACCCGUCUGGUCCGGUUGGACCCAGGAGCUGUUAGUGAUGUUCCUGAAGCAAUAAAGUACCUGGUUACCUGGCAUACAAUUGAUGCUGAUGCACCUGAGCUCAGCCAUGUUCUGUGCUGGGCACCAACAGAUCCACCAACGGGCCUUUCCUAUUUUUCAAGCAUGUAUCCACCUCAUCCUCUAACAGCUCAGUAUGGGGUUAAAGUCCUGCGAUCUUUUCCUCCGGAUGCCAUUUUAUUCUACAUUCCACAGAUUGUGCAGGCACUUCGGUAUGACAAGAUGGGUUAUGUUAGAGAAUACAUCCUGUGGGCAGCUGCCAAAUCCCAGCUCUUGGCUCACCAAUUCAUCUGGAACAUGAAAACUAAUAUCUACCUGGAUGAAGAAGGACACCAAAAAGAUCCUGACAUUGGGGAACUUCUGGAGCAGCUAGUAGAGGAGAUAACUGGCUCAUUAUCUGGCCCAGCUAAGGAGUUCUACCAACGGGAAUUUGAUUUCUUUAAUAAAAUCACCAAUGUUUCAGCCAUUAUCAAGCCAUUCCCUAAAGGAGAUGAAAGAAAAAAAGCUUGUUUGAGUGCUCUAUCUGAGGUGAAAGUGCAGCCUGGCUGUUACUUGCCCAGCAACCCUGAAGCUAUUGUUCUGGACAUUGAUUACAAAUCAGGAACUCCUAUGCAGAGUGCAGCAAAAGCGCCCUACCUGGCCAAAUUUAAAGUGAAACGAUGUGGAGUUAGUGAGCUUGAGAAAGAAGGUCUGCGUUGUCGUUCUGAUUCCAUAGAUGAAAGUGCAGAAGAAGGGGUGGACAGUAAGAAAAUCUGUUGGCAGGCAGCUAUCUUUAAAGUGGGCGACGACUGCAGACAGGACAUGUUAGCUUUACAAAUCAUCGAUCUCUUCAAGAACAUAUUUCAGCUGGUAGGCCUGGACCUCUUCGUGUUUCCAUACAGAGUGGUGGCCACAGCUCCUGGGUGCGGUGUUAUUGAAUGCAUUCCUGACUGCACAUCCCGUGACCAGCUGGGCAGGCAGACAGACUUCGGGAUGUAUGAUUACUUUACAAGGCAAUAUGGAGAUGAGUCUACCCUUGCAUUCCAGAAGGCUCGUUACAAUUUCAUCCGCAGUAUGGCUGCGUAUAGUCUUCUCCUGUUUCUGCUCCAGAUUAAAGACAGGCAUAACGGCAACAUCAUGCUGGACAAAAAGGGGCACAUCAUUCAUAUUGAUUUUGGAUUCAUGUUUGAAAGCUCACCUGGUGGAAAUCUGGGCUGGGAGCCUGACAUUAAGCUGACUGAUGAGAUGGUGAUGAUAAUGGGAGGAAAAAUGGAGGCAACUCCAUUCAAAUGGUUUAUGGAGAUGUGUGUCAGAGGCUAUCUGGCAGUCAGGCCUUACAUGGAUGCUGUCGUCUCACUGGUUACAUUAAUGUUGGAUACAGGGCUGCCCUGUUUCCGAGGGCAGACAAUCAAGCUGUUGAAACACAGGUUCAGCCCGAACAUGACCGAACGGGAAGCUGCAACUUUCAUCAUCAAGAUCAUCCAGAAUUGUUUCCUCAGCAACAGGAGCAGGACAUAUGACAUGAUCCAGUACUACCAGAAUGACAUCCCAUACUGAGAGACACUGGAGAUUUACUGCCGAAGUGAAACAUGCAACCCCGUGCCCUCACUCCAAACUUGUAAUAAAUAGGAGAUGCUCAAUCACACCUUCCUAUCUUCUAUCUUUUGUGCAUGUGUGUGUACAUGUGGGUACAUGUUUCCUGGACAUUGCAACAAUCAGUCUGAUUCAUUCCUUUCUCUUUACCAGGUUAUAUAUAUUUCUGGUUUUCCCUGGAUUUUUGGAGUUGGGCUGCAAUCACAGUAAAAAUUGUACAAUGAUUAUGAAUGUGUGAAAGAGGUCAAGCUUGUGGAGUUUGAUAAUUUUUCAUGCAAUGCAAGGAUUUUAUAAUGCCUUUAAAAAGUAAAAAAA